AUAUAAUCUUAAAGUUUGUCCACCUAUUUCUGAAACAUCCUGUAUAAUAUAAAAUCUCUUUGUAUUUCAUAGGUUGUCGAUGCCGGUGAUAGUAUGUUUGUCCACGUAUUUGGAGCAUAUUUCGGACUUGCCGUCAGCUUCGUAUUUGGGAUGAAAGAGAAACCAAAUGUACAUCAUCUUGAAGGAGCUUCUUAUCAAUCGGAUAUAUUUGCAAUGAUUGGUACAGUGUUCUUAUGGUUAUUUUGGCCAUCAUUUAACAGUGCGUCAUUGACGGGGGACGAUCAGCAGCGUGCUGUAAUUAAUACUGUGCUGUCAAUAUCCGCUAGCUGCAUAAUUGCGUUUGCCGUGUCUGCACUAAUUUCCAAAAACAAUAAAUUCAACAUGAUACACGUGCAAAAUUCAACUCUAGCUGGUGGAGUAGCCAUUGGUACUGCCGCAGGUAUGAUAAACAGACAAAAACAGUUAUAUAAUAUGGUUUUCACCUUGCCUCGUUGUUAUGGUUUAUCGAAAGUGCACAAACUGGGUUGUCCGUUAAGAGUCAUUGUCUCAACUGUGGGCAUCCCGACUUACAGUGUUGCUCACUUCCUUCACAAGAUUUUGAGUAAUUCGGUUUCCAAACCGGCAUCUUACAUCCGUGACAGUUGGAUCUUCGUUGAAAAAAUUAAUAACAAAAAAAUAGAACAGAAUGAAGUUUUAGCUUCUUUAGUUAUAUUACUCUUUACAAACAUCCCAAAGGAUCUUGUUAUGAUUGCUAUAAAAAAACGAUGGCAUUUGAUUUCAAGGGCUGUAAAUUUAAUUUGAUUCAAUUUAAGAACGUUGAUUGCG